CGCGGGGCCGGGCUGCCGGAGCGCCGGCCUGUGGGCUGAGAGGAGCCGGCCGGCCUGGGCUUGCUGAGCGCCUGCCUGGCCGCUGGCGGGGAGGUGCCCUCGGUCCGCGCGUCCCUCGGUGCGCUCGGCGCGGCCGCUGGCGCCGCCACCCUGCCCGCAGGCCGCCGGGGGCCGCGGAGCCCAUGAAGCCCAGGGCGCCGCCGCCGCCGCUGCCGCCGCCCCCGCGGCGUGGCCGUCGUCCCGGAGCGUCCCGAGGCGGCUCGGGCAUGGCUGCGGCAUGAGCCCCGGGCCGCCGCCGCCACCGCCACCGCCGCCGCAGGAGCCGGAGCGGAAAACGGUGCCCGAAGCGGAGGUGGCAGCGAUGCCCGAGAAGCGCGCGGGAGCGCAGGCCGCGGGCGCAGGCUUGUUACCAGGCGUCGGCAGACCCAGUGUCUAUCAUGCUGCGGUUGUCAUCUUCCUUGAAUUCUUCGCCUGGGGCCUGCUGACAACUCCGAUGUUGACUGUUUUGCAUGAAACAUUUCCUCAGCACACAUUUCUCAUGAAUGGUCUCAUUCAAGGUGUAAAGGGCCUGCUCUCGUUUCUGAGCGCCCCGCUGAUCGGAGCUCUGUCUGACGUGUGGGGGCGGAAGCCCUUCCUCCUGGGCACGGUCUUCUUCACCUGCUUCCCAAUCCCCCUGAUGAGGAUCAGCCCGUGGUGGUAUUUUGCAAUGAUUUCUGUGUCUGGCGUCUUCUCGGUCACCUUCUCUGUGAUAUUCGCCUACGUCGCUGACAUCACCCAGGAGCACGAGAGAAGCCCUGCUUAUGGAUGGGUCUCAGCCACCUUUGCCGCUAGUCUGGUCAGCAGCCCAGCCAUUGGCGCAUACCUUUCUGCCACUUACGGGGAUAGCCUUGUGGUGCUGGUGGCCACAGUGGUGGCCCUCCUGGACAUCUGCUUCAUCCUGGUGGCUGUUCCAGAAUCUCUUCCUGAGAAAAUGCGACCAGUCUCCUGGGGAGCUCAGAUUUCUUGGAAACAAGCGGACCCUUUUGCGUCAUUGAAGAAAGUUGGACAAGAUUCUACUGUCUUACUUAUCUGCAUCACCGUGUUUCUUUCCUACCUUCCUGAAGCUGGACAAUAUUCGAGCUUUUUCCUGUAUCUCAGGCAGGUCAUAGGUUUUGGAUCUGUGAAAAUUGUAGCCUUCAUAGCUAUGGUAGGAAUUCUUUCUAUUGUGGCUCAGACAGUCUUUCUUAGCAUCUUGAUGAGGUCAUUGGGAAACAAGAACACUGUCCUCCUUGGCCUGGGCUUCCAGAUGUUCCAGUUGGCCUGGUACGGGUUUGGAUCUCAGGCCUGGAUGAUGUGGGCGGCAGGCACGGUGGCCGCCAUGUCCAGCAUCACGUUUCCUGCGAUCAGCGCCCUCAUCUCUCGGAACGCAGAGCCCGAUCAGCAAGGAGUUGCUCAGGGGAUCAUAACUGGAAUAAGAGGCUUAUGCAAUGGCCUUGGGCCAGCACUUUACGGCUUAAUAUUCUACAUGUUCCAUGUGGAGCUCACCGAUCUGGGCACGGAAUUGAAUUCCGACAGUGCCACCCUGCAGAGCGCUGUCAUCCCAGGCCCACCAUUUUUAUUUGGAGCAUGUAUAGUUCUUACAUCUUUUCUGGUUGCCUUAUUCAUCCCUGAGUACAGCAAAGCUGGGGGCGCUCAGAAGCAUAGCAGUGGCAGCCUGGCCAGCUCCCCUGAAAGGGGCACCGGGGAGGACGUUGAGCCACUGUUGCAGGACAGCAGCAUCUGGGAGCUCUCCUCUUUUGAGGAGCCUGGCAGUCAGUGUACCGAAUUGUGACCUCGGCAGGAAGGGGAUCCUGUUGAGCACGACCCACCUCGGACAGCCACGGAGAG